ACGAUCUGGCGCCAUCAUGCGGCAAUGAGGGCAACGACUGUUGUAUCCGUAGCCAGCGAACAGACGACCUGCUGGGUAAACAAGAGUGGAUGCAUCGAAAGGGAGGAAUGGCAACUUCGUCGAGGGCUUAUAGAUUUAACUUCACAUGUUACAAAAAAGACGGUGACACAUUUUGAAAAAAGGACUUAGACCCAGGUUUUGUGAGAUGCAGCGGAUAGAUGCCUAGGACCUGAUGCAAGUGCACUUGCUGUUUGCCCUCUGAGGACGGACCUGCCGCCAUGAAGAGUGAGGUGCCAUCUGAGGCCCCAAGCAGACAGGAGCAUCUGAAGGAGCCACUGGUGAACCCAGAGCCCAUGGAGGCAGCCAAGAGCUUUCCUAACAACAUGGAGGUGAUUGGAAAGGCAGGCAGCGAAUUUGAAACCCUGUGUGAGUCCAGGCAUCGGCCCCUGAGGGACACAGGAACACACAGAGACUCAGAACGGACCCUCCCUGGGCGCAGAAAAAGAAAAGGCCAACAGGCAGGGCCAUCAGAUUGCUCACUGAAGGAGGGCCACAUCAGUGAGAGUUCACUGGCCCCUCAGCGUCCCAGGGUAGAACUUUUACAGCACCCAAGUGAGGAUGAACAUAAUCACGAGUCCUCUUUUAGUGACUGUGCUUCCUCCCCCUCCUCUAGCCUGCGAUUCGGGGACUCGGACACUCUCAGCUCAGAGGAGGAGGGGGAAGCUGGAGCAACAGGGGGCCAACACAAGGCUCCUGCCCUAACAACAGGCGGAGCCGCUGGAGUUGGCCUGCGCCCUGUUCUGGGUCGAACUCGGGGGAAUCGUUCUCAUAAGUGGGUGCGGUCUGAAGCUGAGCCAGUUCUGCUGAAGCGGCCGUGUCUGAGCAGCCGGCGGCCUCUACAUAGGAAACGCUUUGUGAAAACAGCUCCUGCAGGGGGGCAGCGUACUCAGAAGCAAAAGGAGCGACUACUACUGCAGAGAAAGAAACGUGAAGUGAUUGCACGUAGGAAGUAUGCUCUACUCCAUAGCACCAGUAGUUCCAGCGAGGAGCUAAGUAGUGACUCUUCUACCCCCUCUUCUACCGAAGUAGAAGAUGAGCUGUAUGUAGAUGUCAGUAGCACUAGCAGCCAGCCCAACAGUGCUACUGUAGCCACAGGUGGCCUGGAUGAGGAUGUGGUGGUGAUUGAGGCGACUCCAGCUCCAGCUCCUGCUGUCCCUGCAAGCGAGGAGAUCAAUGUCACCUCAACAGACAGUGAGGUGGAGAUCGUCACGGUCGGAGAUGGUUUCAGGUCACGGUCAGUGGGUCUUGGCAGGAUUUGGACUAAUAGUUGUUCCCAGAAUCGUCUCCAGGAGCCACGUGGACGUCACAGACUGUCCACUGUCAUCCAACCACUGCGUCAGAAUGCUGGAGAGGUGGUGGACCUCACUGUCGAUGAAGAUGAUCUCUCAGUUGUGCCAACAACCUCUGGCAGCAUUCACCCUCAAACAGUCAGGUCGUCCUCUUCAUCAUCUUCCCAUCAUGCCUCUACCUCAGAGCUCAAUGAUGCCCCCGGCCCUUCCACUAGCUGCCCAGGCUCAAUACCUGAAAGUAUGCACACACACAGGCCAAGUGGCUCUACUCGCACAGCCACAGAGGAUGACAGCAGACCAGGUUUGUCAGGUACAGGAGAAAACGCCGGCACGGCUAUGCCCAGACUCCCAUCCUGCUGUCAGCAGCACUCUCCGUGUGGAGGCCCCUCCCCCGCUCACCUGUCCCUGAGCCACUCCCAUUCAAGCUGCUUGCAGGCGUCGUCCUCUCAGCAGACCAGUGGCUCUCAGCACGGUCACAGCCACAGCAAUGCUCACCACUUCAUCCACCAUGUCCAUCACCCAGCACCACAGCCCCCGGGCACCCUGCCCUUUCAAGAGCCGAGCUGCCCUGUGGAGCGACCCAGUGCUCUGCCCGCAUCUUGCGCUGGAGUCAGCAGCAGCAGCAACAGUAGUAGUAGUAGCAACACAGCCCACUACCACGACCAGCAAACUCUGCCAGUGGACCUGAGCAACAGCAGUGUUCGGAGCGGAGGAAACAAUGGGGCUAGUUUCCAUGGCAGCACCUCAGCCUUUGACCCGUGCUGCCCAGGCUCCACCUCACGGCCUCCUGCUUACGUUUCCCAGGCCACCCCUGGGCCCAGCCAGCCAGCUGUGGUGGACUCGUUCAGCUCCUCCAUGGUGGCUCAGCCACAGCCACAAACACAACCCCAGCCCUGCAGACAUUAUAUGCACCCCUCCUAUGGCUCUCUAGCACGCUCACUGCAUCAUCAGCCCUCCUCUGCCUGUCCUCAUUCCCAUGGGAACCCCCAACUUACACCUCAGCCCCCUCCACAAGGCGAUUAUGUCAUUCCCCACACUGUCACCUUUCAUCCGCCACUGCCGUCUCACCCCUCAGGCCACGCUGUGCCCCCUGCCCCUCCCCCUCCUCUGUCUACCCACCACCUCUCUGGUUCAAGUGCCCCACUGGCCCAGCACCUGCCUACGGAUCACCAGUCCCUGCCGCACCAUAUGCCGGCGCUGGGGGCGUCGGUGCAGAGGCUCCAUCAACACGAGAUGCUGCAGAGGAUGGAGGUCCAGAGGCGCAGAAUGAUGCAGCACCCGACACGAGCGCAUGAGCGUCCACCUCCACACCCCCACAGAAUGCACCCCAACUACGGCCAUGGACACCACAUCCAUGUGCCACAAACUAUGUCUUCCCACCCUCGCCAGCCUGAGCAGAGAACAGCAUGGGAGCUUGGCAUUGAGGCUGGAGUGACUGUGGCACCGUACCCUUCAGGGCACCUGCACUCCCACCUGCCCCACUACCAUCCUCCCCCCAGACUGCACCACUUCCCCAUCCCCUUCAUGCACACUGGCAUAUCUGAAGUGACCUACCCGCACAUUCGGUACAUCUCAUCUAGAAUGACUGGCUUUGGAAGAACCUAUGAGGACCUGCUGCAUUUAGAGGAAAGAUUGGGGACUGUGAACCGAGGAGCCUCUCAGGGAACCAUAGAGAGGUGCACUUACCCACACAAGUACAAAAAGAAGGUGUUGGAGAGAGACAUUGACCAACAGUUAACCCCUGAAGCUUGGGCAUCUAUUGGGAAAAAUAUGCACGCAACCCCAGAAUCGAGAAAGCUGCAUGGUAAGCAAGAUGAAGAUGAGGGGGCAGAUGAAGACACAGAAGAAAAAUGCACCAUCUGUCUGUCAAUACUGGAGGAGGGGGAGGACGUCAGGCGCCUACCAUGUAUGCACCUCUUCCAUCAGCUGUGUGUGGAUCAGUGGCUCCUCACCAAUAAGAAGUGCCCCAUCUGCAGAGUGGACAUUGAGGCGCAGCUGUCUGCUGAGAGUUGAUGCUGUUUUUUUUUUUUUAAACAACCCCUUUUGUUGAAAAUUUAUUUUGAGAUCAUAUUAAUUUUCUCUUCAGUACUGCAGUCAACCAAAGAUGGCAUGAAUUACCUGCGCAGCUCUACUUUGAGAAAAUAAAAAAACACCUGACAAAAAAGCAUUGAGCCUAGAGUGCCAGCUAUCGCACAUUACUACAACGGCUAGAAUUCUCCAUUAAGGGUUUAAGAUUUUAUUGUAUUUAUAAAGCUUUUAUGUAGCUUUUGAUUGUUUCCUCAAGUGUCAUUUUUUGUUUUGUUUCUCUGCAUGUUUCCUUGCAAUGCAUUUCUUUGCACAUAUAAUGUGGGCUUAACACAGCCUAACAACUCGCAGGUGAGGAUAGCUGCUCUAGUAAAGAUGCAUUUCUGUAAACCUAAUGCCUUGCUUUACUAGAAUGUCACCCUCCAGUUUUAAAAAAAAAAAAACAAACAUUGCAGGAUUCAUUUUACCAAUCAUUGUAUUGAUUAGUUUGUUUAGAACAUGUGGAUUGUUAGUGAAAUAUGUUUUUUAAGUAAAUCAAGACAUUCCUAACUAGGGAAAUAUGUUAACAGAUCAGCUGCUGUAUUAGUGCACACCCAGUAUUUCUAGAGUGGAAAUAAACUCCAAUGUUCACCUCACCUCCCAGAAUAUGCACAUGCUUUGCUACGAUUACACCUCCCUCCAGCACCUUCAUUUGACUAAAAACACCAUUAGCACCAUCAUCUGAUGUAUUUUAGAGAACAAGAAAAAGAAUGUCACAUCCCUCUCUUGACUGUUCUUUCUAAACUGAACGAUUGUUGGGACCUGCUGUGAAUCUUUUCUUCAUUUUGUUUGGGGUUCUUCCCUGCAGAUGGGCCUGUGAUGGUUAACCUGGUUUCUGUAAGAUGAUCUCAGGUCUACAUGUGUGUAAGAAAUUUCACGUGAGCCUAAAACCUGGGAUCAUUUUGUCAAUUUGAUACCGGCAGUGGCGUUUAACUUCCCGUGUGUGUGUGUUCAGAGGGAAAUACACAGCUCAAUAUUUACUGUUUGUUCUCACACUUCAAACCAUUUUAUCCACCCUCCCUUUUGUCUCUCUGUAGUUGAGCAGCAGUGUCCAUUUUGGCUGCUGCAGAAAGAAAAACGCUAAUACUGUUGACUAACUCACUCGCAUAGACUUGCACAAGAGAGAAAAAGGUAGGAGAAUAGUAGUGAAUAUGACAGUGCACUAAGGCCAUGUAUUUCCACUCUGAUGAAUAUUUAAAGAGGAAAAUAAAAUCAAAAAAUAUUUUGAAUGGAGUGUUGAAAUGCAGUACUUAAAGCAGGUAUCCAUGCAUUCAUUGACUUAAAGGCACCAGGAUCAUAUUCUGUGGGAUUUAUAUUAGUUUUAAAAAAUAUUAAUAAACUUGGAUAACUCUUAA